GGGGCCUUGGGUCUGUGUGAGUGCACACACACACACACAAAAACAGCACUGUCUCUUUAAAGGAGGCAGCAUCUCUCAGGAUAAGGGAGGGCGCAGUGAGUGAAAUGGUGCUCUGAAGUGACAUCACGCUCAGCCAAUCAGAGGCUUUCUCCUCCUCUCCUUUUCCUGGGAUGUGAGUAUUGAGGCUGCUGUAGACAUGGACUUCUGCUGCUGCUGCUGCUGCUGCUGCUGAUGUUGCUGCUGCUGCUGCUGCUGCUGCUGCCGGGCGGAGGGUCCAGGGCAUGAUCGCCUCACAUCAGCUGUGCUUCUUUUCUUUCCAUUCAUCAGAAAAUAGUACGCAAGCUUGUAGUCACUUCCUGUGGAGGUCUGGAGGUUAACUCUUUGUUUCCACCGGCCCAGAUGAUCAUGCGCCGCCUCCAACGCAUACACCGUGGAUUUCCUGGGGACACACUGAGCCCGGUGACGAGAGACAGAGAUGUGUCCUGUUGUUGAUAAGACCAGGGAACAAAGGCCCAGCUGGACCUUGGCAGGUUCAAAACAAGGCAGCCAUGGCAAAGAGAGACUACCUGGUGGAGGCGGCCAAGCAGAUCCGCAUGGCACUGGACAGCGAGGUCAAUGAGGACUACGAGGCCGCCUUCAGCUACUACAAGAACGGCGUGGACUUACUGCUGAAUGGGGUUCAGUUGGACCCCAACAAGGAGCGCAGAGAAGCCGUGAAGAGGAAGACAACCCAGUAUCUGAAGCGAGCCGAAGAAAUCUUCAUCACACAUCUGCAGGACAACUUGGGGAAAGGGAGCUCUCAUUUAGGGGGUUACAGCAGCCUGAGAUUCCGUCCAAUCAGACACCUGAGUUCACCCAUGGAGGAUCUGGAGAUGUGUAAGGUGAUCGGCGUGACUGAUAAGGUCCUGAUUGUCCAAAGUAUGGUGAAUAAGGAGACAUUUGUUGUAAAGAGUCUGGUCAAGUCGAGCUGGGAGAGCAGGGAUCAGCCAACCAUCAUUCCUCAGGGCGUGCCAUACAUGGUUAAGCUGUUAAGAUACUACGUCAGCGAGGAUGCUGUGUACCUGCAUCUCGAGCACGUCAAAGGUGAGAAGUUCACCGAGGUUUUCUUUGCAAACAUACAUUUCAAGAGUCGCACAUUUCUAAACCCCGUCGUCGUAGGUGGGAGGCUCUUCUCGAAGCUGCACAAGCUACGGAACGAGAAGGCCCAGGAACACCCCGAAUGCUUCACCUCCGGCCAGCACAGCAUCAAGCUGAAGACCAGCUACACCUCUCCCACCAUCAGCACAGACUACCAGCACAACACCAAAGGAGGCACGGUGGGCAUUCCUGAGAAAUUAGGCGACGAAAGCCCCGAUACGGACUUCCCCACUUCCUGGGAUGAGACUCAGCAGCGCGUGGAGAGCUGUGGCACUCACUCGUACAUCGAGGAGACGGGCUGUCUGCAGAAGACUCGCUCUGCAGCAUCACUUUACAGCAAGCUCGAUCGAUUGAGUUUGCAUUCCGGCGUGCCGAGGAAGCAGGCCGACACUCGCAUCCAUCCACCAGCCCCUAGUUUGUGCUUGCACUCUAGUGAAACUCAGGAAAAGCCCGCUCUUCCUCUGUCCUGUGCUCGUGUCAGUCAAGCUCUCGACGUCAUGUCAGAGGUCCACCGCAAGAAACUUGCGAUGGGACUGCUUGAGUGCAGCUCCGAGUUUGAGGUGGCAUGGAAAGCUGCAGACCAAGCACAGACCUGCGAGAAAAUAAACCCCUAUGCAGUGACUGACACGCCAGGACAGACUGCACCUCACACCAAUCAGACCUCAUUUAUAAAAACGGGAAAGGGUGAAAAUAAUGGUUUGAGUUCUUCCCCUGCUAUCUUGCAUCUUCCUCUCCAUUGCCAAACCCAGAUCCGUGGUAGGGCAUCAUGGGAAACCAACGGCUCGAACCAGGGAUCUGUUUUAAGUGGUUACUCUGCAGACGCGGUUACGGGCUCGGUACACGACCACAGCAGUCCCACCGUGGAGGAACGGAACGGUAUGGUCAUCAUCAGGAGCACGGACCGAGCGGUGUUUUCUGAGCACACCUCAGAAAGCUCCUGGCCUUGCUCUACCUCACUCUACCACAGCAACACAGGGAACCAGAUCACGUCUUCAGAGAUGCCUCUGACCCUGUCCGGAGUGGAGUGCGGAGGGGAGACGUGUCUCGGUGAGGCCGGAGAAGGUGCAGAGGAAGCCUAUGAAUUGAGUCCUAAAGAGAAAGUGGCGCCUGCAAAAGAGGGAUCAUUUCUGGGCUGGUUUUCCUCUGGUCCUCUUGGAGCCCCAUCCAGUAACGACGGUUUGCUUAAAUCUGUGGAAUCAGUCGGGCAGAGAGAAGACCAGAUUAUUGAGGUGGACGGCUGGUGUCACCUGCCUCAGCUCUCUAACAAGUCUUCCCAGCUUAGGGGUCGGACCCCACAGACUUGCUGGGGGCUUCCAGAGGCAGAGGUGCGUGUCUGGGGGGCACAGAUCCUGUUGGCCUUGGAGAGUCUGCACCAGCAAGGCAUCCUGUGCCGUGAUCUCAACCCCAGAAAUGUUCUGCUCACCAGCAACGGAAAGGUGUGUUUGACAUUUAUCGGCCAGUGGAGCGAGGUCCAGUCAGAGAUUUGCUCCAAAGCCGUGGAACAGAUGUACUGUGCUCCAGAAAUCGGUGGCGUGUCCAGGGUUACAGAGGCCUGUGACUGGUGGAGUCUCGGAGCCAUGCUGUUUGAACUCCUCACAGGAAUGCCACUGUGGCAGCUCCACCCGGCAGGAAUCCACUCUCACACUCAGCUGCUCAUCCCCGACCACCUGAGCACCGCGGCUGCAUCUCUGCUCACCGAGCUGCUUCAGUUCGAUGCUGGCUAUCGGUUGGGUUCUGGUGGUGGAGGUGUGAGUGACAUUAAGUGCCAUCCCUUCUUCAGCAGCAUCUCUUGGAAAGCUCUAAGCUGCUAGCACUUUGCUAAAAGGGUGGACGCUCUCCCACGCCCCAAUUUAGCAUCCGUGUGUGGCCGGACGGGAUGCAGCAAGCGAUUCCCAAGGAAAACAAAACUGAGGAAAAGAAACUCCCAAAACACUUGUGCUAUUUAAGGGGUUUCAAUUCAGUUUUUUUUUUUUUUUUAAAUCAUCAAUUCAAAUUAAGUGACACUGCAUGAAAACUGACGCCACCUAACCCGAAAUUCUGGCAAUUCCAAAACGUAGGACUGCCUGACAUUUAAUAUUGUAAUAAAACAAGUACAUUCUGCAAUAGGAGUGUUUGUAUUCCUUCGUAUACCCGGUCAUUAUUGACAGAUGUUGUGUUUCUGAAGAGGACGGAGACAGAGGAUUAAGGAUACAUGUCAUAAUCAUGAACACGUCUCUCCAAAAGCUACCCACUGAAAUCUGGUGAAGAGAAAUCCCUUCCGUUGGAUUUAAUCAGUAAACAUC